AUGUCUGUUCAAGGCGAUGCCCAGCACUCCGAACGUCGCAUGGAAGGCAAUCGUCAACUUAAUCUCCAGCUCGCCGCCGCUCGGGCCGGCACUGCCAUUCCCCCAAUUGAUGCCUCUAUCGUUCGAGAAGAAGCUUUCAUCCAAGACAAUUCCACCCCGGGCCCUGCGAAUCCUAUGGAGCGAUAUUUGCAGUUGGAACCCCAACAGGAUGCAUAUGUUAUCUAUACAAGAACUGCUACACAGAAUGAGUUGAAAGCACGUGGGAUCUUUAGGAAUUGA